GGGCACAGAAAGCAAUCAUGAAAUACGUGCUCGUGUCUGGAGGUGUUAUCAGCGGCGUGGGGAAGGGUAUUAUAGCCUCCUCCACCGGCUUGCUGCUCAAGACAAUUGGCCUCAAGGUCUCGUCGAUCAAGGUCGACCCAUACCUCAAUGUAGACGCAGGGACUAUGAACCCGAAGGAGCACGGCGAAGUAUUCGUUCUCUCCGACGGCGGCGAAGUCGACCUCGAUCUCGGCAACUACGAGCGCUACCUCAAUAUUACCCUCACGCGGGACAACAACAUUACCACGGGCAAGAUUUAUCAGCACGUCAUCGAGCGCGAGCGCAAGGGCGACUACCUGGGUAAAACCGUGCAGGUCGUCCCACACAUUACCGACGCGAUUCAGGACUGGAUCGAGAAGGUCGCGCGGAUACCCGUCGAUGACUCGGGCGAGGAGCCUGAUGUCUGCAUAAUUGAGCUGGGAGGGACCGUUGGCGAUAUCGAGAGCAUGCCCUUUAUUGAGGCUAUGAGCCAGCUGAGGAGACGGGCGGGCAAGAACAACUUCAUGCAGAUUCACGUCUCGUAUGUGCCCGUCAUUCAUGGGGAGCAGAAAACAAAGCCGACGCAGCAGGCUAUCAAGGCUGUGCGGAGCAAUGGUCUCAUUCCGGAUUUGAUUGCCUGCCGCUGCGAGCGCGAACUAGAAGUCUCCGCCAUCGAAAAGAUUGCCCACUUCUGCCAGGUCGACACUGAACAGGUUCUGGUUGUCAAAGACAUGCCAUCCAUCUACCAGGUGCCUAUGCUCCUCGAACAGCAGAAGCUGAUUCCCAUGGUCCGCGAAUUCCUCGCUCUGGAUAAAGUCACCAUCUCUUCUACAAUGGUUCAAAAGGGGACUCGCACCUGGACACAAUGGCAAUCGCUUACAGGCCACGAUACCCGUUACUUCGACUCGGUUACAAUCGCGCUUGUCGGGAAAUACGUCGAGCUUCAGGAUUCAUAUCUCUCAGUCAUCAAGUCCUUGGAGCACGCGACGAUGCGGUGUCGAAAGAAGUUGGAUAUCCGCUGGGUCGACUCAGACCAUCUAGAACCCAAGUGUCAAACCACAGAUCCCGCCAAGUAUCACAACGCCUGGCACGAAGUCGUCAAAGCUUCCGGUAUCCUCGUCCCCGGUGGAUUUGGCCAGCGUGCAACAGAAGGCAUGAUCGCAGCCGCAACGUGGGCCCGCGAGCACAAGAAGCCCUACCUAGGUAUCUGCCUAGGCAUGCAAAUCGCAGUCAUCGAGUAUGCCCGCAAUGUCUGCGGCAUCAAGGGUGCAACCUCGGAGGAAUUCAACGGCGACGCGGCAGACAAGCUCAUCAUGUUCAUGCCUGAAGUCGAUAAGACGACCAUGGGCGCGUCCAUGCGUCUUGGCCUGCGUCCAACGCUGUUCCAGCCUGGAAGUGAGUGGUCUAAACUCCGCGCUCUGUACGCAGGCAAGGACGAGAUCCUGGAGCGACAUCGCCACCGCUACGAAGUUAACCCCGAGUACAUCGAGACGCUCGAAAAGGGCGGCUUGAGCUUCGUCGGCAAGGAUGACGCUGGCGUCAGAAUGGAAGUCGUUGAGAUCAAAGACCAUCCCUGGUUCGUCGGCGUGCAAUUCCACCCAGAGUACCUGUCCAGGGUCCUGGAUCCCAGCCGUCCGUAUCUCGGUUUCGUGGCUGCGAGCGCGGGUAUGCUCGAAGAGAUCACGCGUGCCUACCAGGACGGUGCUGCGAAUGGUCUUGCGGCUGAAGGCAUUGCCAACGGCGUUGGAGGUUUAAAGAUCAACGGCGAAGCCAGCUUUUGAAGCUUGUUAAAAAGGGGUUGAAAAACAUUUGGUGCACGAUUGGGGAAAACAUACAUUAUGACAAGAAUCCUGCAAUCCAUGGGGAGGAUUCGGAGUUGGUUGGGUUGGGGACUUUGGUCUGAAUUUGGUAGUUGUUUACGAAAGAAGCCCUUUACCGGCAUAGAGACGUUGGCAUGUGCAUAUGAUACCUAUAAAAUCAUCGAAUAGACUCGUAUCAAUAAACGAAGAUAGAGAAGCU